GCGCCGGCCGUGUCCUGCUUGCUGUUUGUAACUUUGCCCUCGCUAGAGAAGACCAGCGUUGAACAUGUGGUGUCUCAGCCGGUGUGCUCGUGCCCGCUCCUCUCUAUCGCCAUCAUCUUGGACCUUUACGCUGUCUUGUAGAGCAGAGUCUUCUCACCGUGUCCCAUCUCCAGAGGAGGCCCUCAACUUCUCUGAUGGAGGAGUCUUCAGACUGAAGAGCAGGUGGGAAGUGGUUCGGGGCCUCCUGAUAUUCCGGAUGUGCUCAGUGCCCACUCUGGUGAGACAUUCUGAGAAGCUGCUCUCUGUCACUCGCAUGCUCCUGGGCCGCUGGCUCUUUGAACGGGCAAUGAGGGGCUCGGUAUACGGGCAAUUUGUGGCUGGGGAGAGUCUGCCUGAGAUACAGGCCUGUGUGGACCGGCUGGGGAAACUGGGCAUUCGGCCCAUGUUGGCAGUGCCCAUCGAGGAGGACCUGGGUGAGAGCAAAAGUGGGGAGCGCUGGUACGAGCAGAAUGAAGAGAUUAUGCUGAACUGUGUGGACCUCUCGGCCGCUGGGGGUGACCGGCCCAUGAUGCAACUGAAAAUUACCGCCCUUAUGAGUGCUGACCUCUGUAAGGAACUGUCCGUGUGUCUGUCCGACUCGUCCCAGAGUGCAGAGCUCAGUCCCCGGGCAAUAGUCUCCAUCAUGGAGGGGCAGGAUUCCGCCUUUUCCUUUCUGUCGGAGCAGCAGAACCGGCACCUGCAGAGCUCCGUGCGGAGACUUAGCCAUGUGGGGCAGCAUGCAAAAGCUAGAGGGGUGCGCGUCUUAGUGGACGCAGAGUAUACCUACAUGAACCCGGCCCUCAGGCUGGUUACCAUGGGGAUGAUGGUGCAGUGCAACCACGACCAGCCCUGGAUCUGGAACACCUACCAGUGUUAUUUAAAGGACUCCUUCCAGAACCUGUCCCGGGACUUGGGCACUGCGGAGAGCUUGAACCUUUGUUUUGGGGUGAAGCUGGUACGUGGGGCGUACAUGGACAAGGAGCGGAAGCUGGCCAAAGAGAAGGGGUACAGUGACCCCAUACAGCCCGACUGGGAAGCCACCAACAGAAGCUUCCAGCGUUCCCUGGAUAACAUGUUGGAUUUGAUUGGACAGGGAGGGCAGCGCUAUAACCUUAUCAUUGCAAGCCAGAACGAGGAGUCCGUCCUUCACGCCGCUCGCAGGAUGGCGGAUCUCGGUAUUGACAGGAGCAGCAGAGUGUUGUGUUUCGGACAGCUACUAGGAAUGUGCGACCAUGUCUCUCUCACGCUAGGUCAGGCGGGAUACUUGGUGUAUAAGUCUAUUCCGUACGGAUCGGUGGAUUCAGUCCUGCCCUACCUGGUACGGCGGGCACAGGAGAACCAGAGCGUCCUGCAAGGUAUCCGCAAGGAGAGAGACCUCCUGCGCCAAGAGCUAAAAAGGCGCCUGCUGGGCCGAAGCUAGAAAUAACAGCCCGGAUCCUGUUCCAGGCCACGGAUUAUAUGGAAAAAGCUGUACAGGUGUUAGCGGAUGACUCUAUUAUGUUAUAAUAAUCCGGGUGCCCGGAUAUAGAGGUUUCCUGACCUCCGUAGGACAAUCCUGAAGUUCCAGAACAGUUUUGUGGAAAGCUCUGGUGGUUAAUGAUCUAUAUUACAGAUGUCUGUUUUCCUUUCCUUUAUUGGGACAAUCAUGUCUUUUCGUACCUCAAAUAACCAUAGAAAUAAUACUCAGAAUUGUGUGAGCACCAUGGUGGAGGCUAGAUACAAAUAAUUGCAAGGUAUAUCUAACCGUACACAGCCGAAACCACUCAAAGGCACACAGGCUGGAGGCUAUUAUACUGAAUGUAAAAGGAAGACCCUUUUUGGAGCCAAUUCACAUCGGUAUAUAGCAACUAGUACAGGCUGUAUGUAUGCUGUAUUGCUCAUUACCAGACAUGUAAUACCCCAAUACUCACCAUGGUGGGUUACACAUCUCUGAGAGGUAGUCUAUAAUGGUUUAAAGUUUUACAAAAUUUUAUAUAUACAGUAUUUUAACUUGUAAGGUGUUUUUUUGUUUGUAAAUAAAAUAAUGGGCCAAUUGUACAA